AAAGCUAAACAGAGGGGAUCAAAAUUAAAUAUUGAACUCUACUAGCCGAAGAUCUUGUGUUUGAAAUCAGUGAUGUGGAAUUAAUUAAGUAAAUAACUACCCACAGUCUUAAACACUCCUUAGAUUUGUUAUUAUAUAAUUUUUUCAAGGGUACUAUUUUUUGUUCUCGGUGCGUACCGUGAUGAUCCUGGCGCCUAUGCAGCCGAUAGACUCCGCGCUGGAUAGCGGGCGCGGAGGAAGCGGGUCGGGACCCGAGAGCGUUGGGGCGAAUCAAGAAGUUAUAGAGACAGCCAUCAUGGACGCUGAAAUUGCAAGUCCAAAACGCAAAUUGGAAGAGGAGGAGGGGAAUGAAGAAGGAGAAACAGGAGUGAAGAAGAUCAAGACAGAAAAUGGUCUGAAAUUCUUGCUUCAGGAUAGACUGACCCUGAUAGCAAGCAUCAAGAAACAGGCCCCAAAGAAGGAUAACCAGUCCUACAAGUCCAGGGUCUCAAAGUUAGACUGGAACUUGGUCCAAUUUGGUCCCUACACUGCAGAGGACUGUAAGAACGAAUGGAACAGCAUACAGGCAGAGAUCCGUAAGUACAAAACCUUGGCAGAUGUUGCCAAUGAAGCAGCAGCCCUGGUCCAAACUCCAAACUACAUUGUUAAAAAACUGGUUCAUCCAGACAUGCCAAAGAAGCCGUUGACGCCGUUCUUCAUGUUCUACAAAGAGAAGAACAAGAAGAUGAAGGAGAAACAUUCCACCAUGUCUCAAGUCCAGAUCACACAGAUGCUGUCCAUCAAGUUCAAAGAAUUGCAAGAGAAGAAGAGGAAUAAAUAUUUUCAGAGGUAUGAGAUCGAGACGAGGGCAUAUGAGCAAGCUAUGGAGAAGUUUUAUGAUGACCAUCCGGAUUACAAAGCCCAAUUGAAGGCAAGCAAAGGGGCAUCCAAGCCCCCUCCCCUGCCCACCCCAUACAAGUUAUACUCAGAGAAGAGACAUGCACAGCUGCUUACAGAUAAUCCACAGGUGACCAAAGGAGAAGCUGAAUCAAAGAUGAGACAAGAAUGGAAUGGUCUUUCUGAACGAAAGAGAAUGAAAUGGAUCCUUGCCUCCAUUGCAGAGAAACCAAACUACGAUAAAGCGAUGGAGACAUUUAUAGAGAACCAUCCUGCUUUCAAGGUCCCUACAAAUCAGAAACCUCUUCUCACCAAAAAAGAGCUUGGUAUCAAAGAACAUCAAGAGGGCAGGCCAUCUAAACCACCCAUGACUGCAUACAGUUUAUUUUGUUCCGAGAUGCUCAAACAGAUGGAAGAUGUCUCUCCUAAGGAAAAGAUGUUGCAGUGUAGCACAAGAUGGAGCCAGCUGAGUGACAAGGGUAAAGCAGAAUAUAAGAUGAAGGCAGCUAGGAUGAAGGAGCAUUAUGAAAGAGAACUUGAGAAAUAUAUUGAGAAACUACCACCAGGUGAGAAGGAGAAGUGUCUUGUAGAAUUAAACAGUAUUCGUAAAAUGCCAAGUUCCAAGAAGGCUAAGCAUGCUACAGAGAAAGCAGCCAAGAGCUCUGCAAGUGCUGAGAAAUUUGAGCUAAAUCUGAAUGGAAAGACAACAGGAAAAGAUUUGUGGAUUGCUGAUAAAUUACCCGCCUACAUCAAAGAAAUGUCCAAGUCAAAAGCUCUUGCUCAGCUGAGGACUCAGUGGGAUCUACUAGACAAAGGAAUGAAAUCAACUUGGGUCAAGCAAUCAUCAACGCUAAACAAACAAAUCGAGCAAAAUGACAGACUUCGGCAGCUAUGGUUGAAUGCACCAAAGAAGCCAUUUGAGAGCGCAUACAGGUACUUUUCAUGUGCGAUGCUGAAGGCCCCUGAGCUGAAGGGGGUUGAUCAGAAGGAGAGGUUCAAGGAAGUUGCCAAGAGAUGGAAAACCAUCAGUGCAAUGGAAAAGAAGAAAUAUGAAGCUAAGAAGGAGAAAGCAAUCAAAGAAUAUAAGAAGCUCUUAGAGAAGUACAAGAAGAGUCUAAAUGAAGAAGACAGAGCUAGGUUUAUUGAGAUGGAGACCAAGCCAGCCAUGAGGCAGAAAAUCCUCAAGAAAGCACCAAGGACUGCUCUAGCCAAGAAGACAGUUAAGGUGGAGGUUGAAAGUGAAGAGGAAACAGAUGAUGAUGAGGAGGAAGAAGAGGAGUCCGAAUCUGAAUCAGAGGAGGAGGAGACCGAUGAUGAUGAUGACGAUGAUAACGACGAGGACGACGAUGAUGAUGAUGAGGAAGAAGAGGAGGAGGACGAGGAUGGGGAGAACGCACAGGGGAAUGCCAGCAGCUCGGAAGAAUCAGAAUCGGAGGAAGAAGAAGAGGAGGAGGAAGAAGAGGAGGAGGAGGAAGAAGAAGAGGAAGAGGAGGAAGAAGUAGAGGAAGACUCGUCGGAGUCUGACUGAUGCUCGUAUCAAUCUGUUUGGUGCUCAGAUUGAUAUUCCUUUGAUAAGACUCUGAAACAGACAUUCAUUCCAUUAGCACCAUUGAUUCAUCAAGACCCCCUUUGAUUAUUGGUGCCACCUCUUUCCAAUGUCACUGAUCUUAUCACAUGACUCACUCUGCCAUCACCCGACUCUAUCAUCAAUCAUGAGCUGUCAUUGUGGUCACCUGUAAAGAACGCUCUGUUGAACCUUAUGUCACAUGUCCAACAAUUUUUUCUGAAAAUUGUGACUCCAAGCUUUUAUGGCUAUAUAAAGCCUUGUUCCGGAUUCCAGCCAUUUUCCUGUUACUGGCUCUUGUUCAUCACUUGCCAACGAGGCAUGACGAUUCUUAUUCAUAUGUGACAUGGGCUUCAUGUCAAUUUUAGAUUCAGUUGUUAAAGUACCUUUUUUAGUGAGUCUGUACCCUUUCUUUUUUUUCAACCAUGUGUAACUUCACAUUCAGCACUCUGAUUUUUUUUUUGACAGUCGCACUGUUUCUUGAUAGUUCAUCAUUUGGUAGCUUGCAGGGUUGGCUGAUUAAAAUGUUGAUUUAAAUCGCAAUUUCAACCACUGUGAUUGUUUUUUAAAUCAUUGAUUUAAACCACUUAAACUCUGGAGGAUGGGUAUUUUACUUGGGAAUUGGAACAUGUUAAUGUCUCACAAUACUUAUUAUUCUUAACCGUUUAUGCUUCAUACAGCUGUGUUUUCUGUAUUUCAAUUCUAAAUCAUCUAAAGCAGAGGCGCGUUUCACAAAGAUUUAAGUCGCACUUAAAUGCCGACGUGUACAUGAUAUGCAACGCGCGAUCUUAUUGAUAGACACGCAGUAGGGCGUCCUCCUGACACGAUCUGACCUAUGAGGUCAAGCCUUUCACACCGUACGCAACUUGGUAUUUAAGUGCCACUUAAAUUAAGUCAUACUUUAUUGAAGUCAUACUAAAAUCUUUGUGAACCCCCCCCCAACGUUCAAAUGGCUUAGUCUUUUAUUAUUUGUUUUUAAAGGCAUCACAGGACGUAUUGAUUUCAGGGCACUUGAUGUAGAUACACAUUAAUAUUCUUUUAAAUGAUGCAAGAAUUCCAUGUCUCCUGUUAGGCCAUUGUUAAUCUUUUUAAGGUUUGAGCUAUUUAUUUAACCAUCCUUACUAAAUGCAAUUAUGUGUUCUUGAUUUGAUUGGUAGCAUUCUGGACUGAUUGCUUGAUCAAAAUAGAUGUAUACCAGAUGUCAGGGGGAAAAAAAUACAUGAGGGCUCUGGGCGAUUUCGCCCCAAAAGUGCUUAAAACAGCCCUGGAAUCUCCUUCACUACAGUGUUACAGCUUGGCCUAAUUAUAUAUUUAAAAAAAAAGUCCUAUAUUAUUUAAUCACAAGGACCAAAGCUGUAGAUUGAAUUGAGUAUUCCUGCUUGAAUUUUAACCACAUGUAAUAUAAGACUAGAGAGGCUCUUAAAAAUCAUUUCAGAGUUGUGUUUAAUCUUGAUUUUUAAAGCAAAUUUGUGCAACAUGACCCCGGUUUUCCUGCGGUUCUAGCAUGUAAAUACUAAUGUUAUUUGGACAUAUUUUCUUUUGUAAAGACGUAAAUUGUAUUCUAAUGAAUUUAGUUACUGAAAUUGGAAAUGUUUGUGUAUUAGAGAUUAACUCUGUAAAUUUUUGAGAAAAAAAAAGUUUUUUAUAAGAAGCAAAAGCAAGCAGAUUAUUGAAUCAGUUUGAUCAUAUGCUAAGACUUUACUCUUUUUCCUUAAUGUGUGCAUGUUGGGUAUAAAAUAUCUACAUAUCAUUUUCUUUGUAUUUUUUCUUCAGAUAUUUAUAUCACAUCUAUUUCAUUGAUUCCUGUAAGUGGAGUCUCUUGAACCAUGAAAUGUGAUAUGAAUCUCGUUUAAUGUCAUGAAAUGAUUUGUCACCCUUAUUUAAAUAAUAAAAUGAAAUGUUGAAAAUAAUUUUAUAUAUUUUUUGUUGUCACUAUUACCACUUAGUAACAUUCCACGUAAAUCAAUGCUAUGUAAAAGAGUCAUCACCCCUGGGGGCCCGUUGCUGAAAGAGCUACAAUCAAUUGCAACUCUAAAAAUCAUGGGCAACUUGAUUUUUCAACCAAUCUACAGUGUGCAUUUGGGACUUGCGAUAGAUAUUUCUACUUGCAUUUAAACGCAACUCUUUCUGCAAUGGACCCCACGUGGACUAUUUAGUCUAUAUCCCAUUUUAAAAUAUCACAAAUUUGAUUUGUUGUGAUCAAUCCUUUUUUUUUAAUAUCUUGAUAUGAAGAAAAAGGGCUUGUCAUGUAUAUACUUAUGAAAUCAUUUUGGUAUCCAUGGUAACAAUGCUCAACAGCCAAUCAAAAUCAAGGCUUUCAUAAUAGUUUUUUUCAGGCAAAGACACCAUGAAGGUAUCUUUUCUGCAGCAGGAACCAGUCAACAUGAUAUGCCAGGAAAAAGAUAAAGAAGAGGGGAUAAGUUCAUUCAAAGGCCACAUUUCACUCUCUAUUGUAGAGUACUCUCAAAGUGGAACUUCCAGAAAAUUUGCUGUACUUGCUCAAUACUUGCUAAGGGGACUCUGUGGACUUAGUUUUUAUCAUAGUACCAGUGCAAAUGUUUACAAGAGAUGUUUGUAUACUACUGCUUUGUGGGAGGGGCCUAUCUUGUUAUCUUUUUCAUUGAUCUUUUAAACAUAGAUGAGAGCAUGGGUUUGUGUCAUCAUUUAUUCAUUAGAAAAUAACAUUACUAUCUAAAAACUGAUCCAGGUUAGGUUAGGUUAGGUGGAAAACCAAGUGAUGUCGGCUCUUUGUUUAAAUAAAGAUAUUUCAGGGUUUUAUUAAUUUUUAUUUAAAAAAAAACAGAGUCAAUAAUGCAACAUUAUUCUUUCGCGUGGAGUAUUAUCUUUAUAACCAAUUGUUUCAAUUGUUCUCGGGCCCAUUGCAGAAAGAGAUGAGUUUAAAUGCAAGCAAAAAAAUCAGUCGCAAGUCCCAAAUGCGCGUUGUUGAUUGGUUGAAAACAAGUUGCGCAUGAUUUUUAGAGUUGCGAUUGAUUGCAACUCUUUCUGCAACGAGCCCCUGUUCUACUUCUAACGUUUGUAGUAAUGUCACAUUUGUUUUUUACAAGGUCACUUCACACACUUUACAUAUUAUGUGUUGUGGUAAAUUGAUGGUUGUGAUUUUGCACCUAAGUAUUUACUAAACAAGUGUUUGAAUGCACAAAUGUGAUGUAUAAUUCAUAAUGGAACAUAAUGUAUGUAUUUUUCUUGUCCCAUCACUAUUACGACUGGUUCCUGUCUGAUGGCAAUUAUCUUUUUCAUAACUUCUAAGUGGGUGAUGAUUGCUUAUGAUCAGUUCAUCUGCAUAGAGUCAAUUUGGGUUUUAAAAAAUUCCUGCUUGAAAAUAAUGUUUAUUCUGCCAAAGAUAUUUUAAACUUUAGAUCCUGUUUGAUAAGAACUUCACAAUCUUGCCUCUUAUUUUCAUACUUCUAUUGCAAACUUCAACCCACGCAUCUGUCAUUGCUGGCUUUCCAACUUUCCUCUUCUUCACCCAAAUAGAGCUUGGACUGCUCUCACACCCAGAUUGAUUAUUCAAUCUUUUGAGAGUGGUGUGUUUGUUGAUUUACAUCAUGAAUGAGCUAUAAAGGGUGGAGAUCUCAAUCCUCCCUAAUCCCCUGAAAAUGAAGAGAUUUAAGGCCUGAGAAGUGAGAACCCAUUUCAUGAAAGUUUUCAUUAUCUGAUCAUUACCAUAGUAACAAACAUCCAUGCUUCUCAUCCAAUCAAAAUCAAGGAAAGAUGUCGGAUCUCUGUGGUGAUGAAAUGCCUCCUUGGUAACCGAUAGGUUCUCAGCCUAGCAAAUUUUUGUUGUGAAGCUUUGUGAAACCGAACCCAUAGAUCUUCGUAUGAGAUUCCAUUGUAAUGAAUAUUUUACAUUUCUUGUUAUGAGAUUGGCUGUUGACAAUGACGUCCAUCCUAUAUCUAUUCAUGUUUGGUUUCUCAGUAAAACAUAAAACCUUUGUAUGACAGUGCAUUUUGCAAUAUCAUGCAUGCCGAUAGCUUUAGAAAACCAUUGAUCAUUUACCUUAAUACUGUAGAUAUUUUUUUCUCUCCAUUUUAUCAUUCCUUAUCGGAACAGUGGUGCUGACUAAAAGUCAUUGAUUUAUUUCACACAAUCUUCUGUCAUUGGGUUUUUUUUUUCUCAUUCAUCCAUAAUAAUAUUGCAUAUAUAGGAUAUUAUAUUAUGACAGAAAGAAAGUGAGUAUAUGGUCACUGAUUAGUGUGUGCUGUGUGCCGAGUUCAAUGUAUACAGGCAGCCUGUACAUUUUUAGAAGAAAAAAAGCAAAACAUUUAAAAAUGUAAUUUAUGGAUCGUAUUUUGGGUGGAGAUAGUUGUACAGAAUUUUCAGGAAUGAAUUUGUCUGAAUAUGAGCAAAGCAUUGAUAAAGAAAAAAAAAUGUUUUUACUCCCACUGUUGAAAAGCUCUCUGUAUUAUUUGUUUUAUUAUAUGUUUGUGAGUAUUCCAGUUCAGAAUAAAGCAUAAGUUUUAUAUGAUGGAAUUGCA